CUGGGGCCACGGGCUCAGGAUCCCGGGCGGGGAGCAGGGUCCCCCGGCAGCGGGCACAGCCGUGUCACCUGCGGGUCCCGCGGCGGCGGGGCCAGCGCGGUCCCUGCCCCCGCCAGGCUCCACCCCGGGCGGUGCGGGAUAAAACUUGCGGCACCUCCCUGGCAGCUCCGUGUCAGGGCUGCGCUCAGACCGGCCCCAGCGCUCGGCAGGGGGCACCGAAACACCCCCACUGCCCCCCCCGGAAAGUUUUUUUUGGGUCUCUUUCUCCUUUUCCUGCCGCCGGAGGCAGCUGAGCUCCAGUCGUGCCGGAGAACAGGGUGGGCAGCGCUCCGGGCUCGGUCGGCGGAUGGACCCGCAGCCCAGGAGCUGCAGCCGCGGGGCUCCCGCCUGCGAGGUGGUCCCGAACGAGCCCCACAUGAACCUCUACAUCAACACCACCACCGGGACCCGCUAUGAGCUCUCCGUGCCCGCCGAGGAGACGGUGGAGGGGCUGAAGAGACGUCUGUCCCAGCGGCUCAAGGUGCCCAAGGAGCGGCUGGCUCUGCUGCACAAAGAGAGUCGCCUCAGUUCUGGGAAACUGCAGGACCUGGGGGUCGUGGAAGGAAGCAAGCUGACCUUGGUGCCCACUGUGGAGGCCGGCUUGAUGUCCCAGGCAUCCAGGCCAGAACAGUCAGUGAUGCAAGCUCUGGAAAGCUUAACUGAAACUCAGGUCAAUGACUUCUUGUCGGGUCGGUCUCCACUGACGCUGGCCCUGCGUGUGGGUGACCACAUGAUGUUCGUGCAGCUCCAGUUGGCGGCUCAACAAAGCAGCGGGCAGCUCCAGCACCGGCAUGUCAUCGCCAGCCGCGGCGAGGCAGGGGCUGCCGCUAGCCCCCACUGCCGGACACUGCAUAGUGGUACCGGCUCUGGCUUUGCCCGCAUCCCUGUGGUGCCCACGUGCCAGCAGAACCCAGCCCCCAGCCCCACGCCUGCUGCACCGCCCCCCCCCAUGUACUGUAACGCCCCCCACCGUGCUCCCGUCACUGCUGGGAUGUUCCGGUCACACGGGGCCAGCACGCAGACGGUGAACAGCAGCAUGGUCUCCUCCUGCUCAGAGGUGGACUGCGGCCCCCGUGGCAGCAGCUCCCCAGGCAGCAGCCCUGCCCCCCCGGCCCGAUCCCGCAAACCCGGGGCGGUCAUCGAGAGCUUCGUCAACCACGCCCCUGGGGUCUUCUCAGGGACCUUCUCUGGCACUUUGCAUCCCAACUGCCAGGAUAGCAGCGGGCGGCCGCGGCGGGACAUCGGCACCAUCCUGCAGAUCCUGAACGACCUCCUCAGCGCCACGCGACACUACCAGGGCAUGCCCCAGUCCCUGACUCAGCUCCGAUGCCAGACACAGUUCUCCUCCUCCUCUUCCUCCUCGCCUCCAGCAUCCCCGGACCUCGCCACCAAAACUACCUCAGAGCCGCUGCCGGCAGCCGCCGCCUCUGCACCCCUGCACCCAGUCGUCCAGUGCCAAAGCCAGAUCCGGAUGUGCAAGCCCAGCGGAGACCGCUUGCGGCAGACAGAGAACCGGGCGACGCGCUGCAAAGUGGAGCGGCUGCAGCUGCUGAUGCAGCAGAAGCGGCUGCGCCGGAAGGCUCGCCGAGAUGCGCGGGCUCCGUACCACUGGCUGCCCAACCGCAAGUCCAGCCGCACCAACAGCAACAGCAGCGUCUCCAGCGAGGGCAGCCUGGACCUGGACUUCGAGGACUCGGUGUGGAAGCCAGAGGUCAAGGCAGACAUGAAAUCGGAGUUUGUCGUAGCAUAGAGCCCUGCCCGGGGGUGCUCCCCGGGGCUGCGGACUCUGCCGGGGGGGGGGUGUGGGGGGGGGGGGGGCACUCCUGCCGCCCCGGCUGGCGGUGGUGUCAUUUCUGUUGUCAUGGGCCAGAUCUCCUCUAGGUUUGCCAGCUCCUGCGACCGGAUGCCUCAGGGCCAACCCUGCCUGCACCGGAGAAGCGUUUUAAGGGAGGGGGUGUAACUGGGCAGGGCGGGGAGCAGCCUCAACCCCCCCUGCUGCCAGGCUUGGGUGGAUCUGGGGGGGGACAGAGAUGGAGCAAGCAGGAGCUGCCUUCCUGCAUCUUCCCUGGGUGGGAGCUGGGGGUCCCUGCACCCAUGGGGGGGUCCCAAGGGGUGUAUGCACCCAUGGAGGGUCCCCUUGGGAGUCCCUGCACCCGUGGGGAGUCCCUGGGGAUAUGGAAGCUGCUGCUUUGCUGUGAAGAGAGGUGCUGCAAGGGGGGCUCCAACCCCCCCCAGUCUCUUCUCUCGACCCCCCCCGCCCCGGUGGAGGCAGGAGGAGAUGAAAUCUCUUUUGGAGGUGCUGGGGCCUCCCCAGGUUUGGGGGCCGUUUGUUUUCCUUCCCUUCUAUAUGUAGCAUUGCUCAGCUGCAGGGCUGGGACACCCCCCCUCUCCAUUCCUAGGUGUUUUUGGGGGGGACAACACGCGUGUUCAUGCAUAUUAAUGUUCAUGCAUGUUCAUGCGUGUUCAUCUUCAUGCGUGUGCCUGGGCACCGCCAGUCCCGCUGCCACAACCUUGGGGUGAUGGGGGGGGGGGGCGGGGCUUGUUUUGGGUGGGAUUUACUUUUAUUUUAAGGAGGGAAAAGAAAAGGCGCCUUCCCUCCGUGGCAGAGACCAACUUCCGAGUCGCUGGACUCCUUCCCCGCCACUUGGGGGGGUGGGGUUUUCUUUUUUUUUUUUUUUUUUUUUAACUUAAAAUUAAAAAAAAAAAAAAGGAGUAGAAGGGAAAAAAAAAACCAAAAAAAAACCCACAAAAAAAACCAUGAAAAAAAAUAAAGAAUAAAUAAACCCAGUACUCGGUCAUGGCUGCCCGCGAGCUGUGGGGCUAAUAUUUAUAGACAUUAAUUACCCGACUGAGCCAAUACUGACAUAGUCUUGCA